AUGCCUCCCUCCGGGCCCCGCGCCGCCCUCCUCCUGCUGCCGCCGCUGCUGCUGCUGCUGCUCCGCGCCGCCCUGGCCGUGCCCCUGGAGCGGGGGGCGCCCAAGGAGGAGAGCCCGGCCACCGAGAGCCCCGACACGGGCCUGUACUACCACCGCUACCUGCAGGAGGUCAUCAACGUGCUGGAGACGGACGGGCACUUCCGCGAGAAGCUGCAGGCCGCCAACGCCGAGGACAUCAAGAGCGGGAAGCUGAGCCGGGAGCUGGACUUCGUCAGCCAUCACGUCCGCACCAAGCUGGACGAGCUCAAGCGGCAGGAGGUGUCCCGGCUUCGGAUGCUGCUCAAGGCCAAGAUGGACGCGGAGCAGGAGCCCAACGCACAGCUGGAUCACCUGGGCCUCCUGAAGCAGUUCGAGCACCUGGAUCCUCAGAACCAGCACACGUUCGAGGCCCGGGACCUGGAGCUGCUGAUCCAGACGGCCACCCGUGACCUCGCCCAGUUCGAUGCGGCCCAUCAUGAAGAGUUCAAACGCUACGAGAUGCUCAAGGAACACGAGAGGCGCCGCUACCUGGAGUCGCUGGGGGAGGAGCAGCGGAAGGAGGCAGAGAGGAAGCUGGAAGAGCAACAGCGCCGGCACCGAGAGCACCCCAAAGUCAACGUGCCUGGCAGCCAAGCCCAGUUGAAGGAGGUGUGGGAGGAGCUGGAUGGAUUGGACCCCAACAGGUUUAACCCCAAGACCUUCUUCAUACUGCAUGAUAUCAACAGUGACGGUGUCCUGGAUGAGCAGGAGCUGGAGGCGCUCUUCACCAAGGAGCUGGAGAAGGUGUACGACCCCAAGAACGAGGAGGACGACAUGCGGGAGAUGGAGGAGGAGCGGCUGCGCAUGCGGGAGCACGUGAUGAAGAACGUGGACACGAACCAGGACCGCCUGGUGACCCUGGAGGAGUUCCUCGCGUCCACCCAGAGGAAGGACUUCGGGGACAACGGGGAGGGCUGGGAGACGGUGGAGAUGCACCCUGCCUACACGGAGGAGGAGCUGAGGCGCUUUGAGGAGGAGCUGGCGGCCCGGGAGGCCGAGCUGAACGCCCAGGCCCAGCGCCUCAGCCAGGAGACGGAGGCUCUGGGCCGCUCCCAGGGCCGCCUGGAGGCCCAGAAGAGAGAGCUGCAGCAGGCCGUUCUGCAAAUGGAACAGAGGAAGCAGCAGCAGCAGCAGCAGCAGCAGCAAGACCACAAUGCCCCAGCCCCUGGCCCCGAGGGACAGCUCAAGUUCCAGCCCCACCACACAGAUGACGCUCCUGUGCCAGCUCCCGCCAGUGACCAGAAGGACGCAGUUGCUUCGGAGAAGAAGGUUCUGGAACAGCCCCCCGAGCUGCCCCCGCUGGAUCCCCAGCACCUGUGA